UGAAAACCACACUUCCCAGAGUGCACCGCGACCACGAAGGUCGCACUAGUGUCGUCCGUUCGUCGGCGCCAUUUAUGUAGAGGGGAAGGGCGGUGCGGCCUGUGAUCAUGGCGCUGUUCCCGGCCUUUGCGGGUGUUAGUGAGGCUCCCGAUAGCGGGAGCUCCAGGAAAGAAUUAGACUGGCUGAGCAACCCAAGCUUUUGUGUCGGGACCGUGACGACUCUGAGCCGACAAACUGAAGAGGCCACAGCGCUCGUUUCUGAAGGGUCGCCGCGGACCAGGAGUCCCCUGAAGUCAGACCCUUCAGACGAGAGUGACGCGAACAAAAAGCGCAGACAAACCAGCAGAAAGAAGAAGAAAGAGAAGAAGAAGAGGAGGAAGCAUCAGCACCGCGGGAAAAGCAGGAGACGUGGGCAGUCGGGCAGCAGCGCGUCCGAGUCGGACUCGGGCUCUGGCCGGGACAGGUCUUCCAGGGGCACCGGAGACGGCAGGAAAGCGUCAGAGAAGCCGAGUCAGGAAACCAGUGCUGCUGUGGACCCCGGACAUCGCUACAUCUGGCUUGAGGACAUCCAGGCCCUGACGGAAGACACCUUCAGAACAGACAAGAAGCCAGACCCUGCGAACUGGGAAUAUAAGUCCCUGUACCGAGGAGACAUAGCAAGGUACAAGAGGAAGGGAGACUCCUGCCUGGGCAUCAACCCGAAGAAGCAGCGCAUAUCCUGGGAGGGGGCCCCCGCGGCCAAGAAGCACGCGCACAGGCGUGUCGAGCGCUACUUCACGCGGAAGAGCGUGGGGCUGCUGAGCGCCGACGGGGUUGCCGUCAGCAGCAAGGGCGAGCCUCUCGCGCCUGAGCCAGCAGCGCCCUUCAUCCCGGUGCAGGGCUCGGACGACGUGGCCCCUCCCGUGGCAACCUGGCUGAACCCUCUGGGGAUUUACGAUCAGUCCACCACGCAGUGGCUGCAGGGACAGGGUCCUUCAGAGCAGGAGUCAAAGCAGCCGGACGUAGAGCCAGACCGCGAGGACACGCUUCUCAAGGCCAAGGUGGAGGAGUUUAACAGGCGGGUGCGGGAGAAUCCUCGGGACACUCAGCUGUGGAUGGCGUUCGUUGCUUUCCAGGACGAGGUCAUGAAGAGCCCUGGCCUGUAUGCCCUGGAGGAAGGAGGGCAGGAGAAGCGCAAGAGGUCCCUGAAGCUCAUCCUGGAGAAGAAGCUGGCCAUUCUGGAGCGAGCCAUCGAGAGCAACCAGAGCAGUGUGGACCUGAAGCUCGCCAAGCUGAAGCUCUGCGCCGAGUUCUGGGAGCCCCCCACGCUGCUCAAGGAGUGGCAGAAGCUGAUCUUCCUGCACCCCAACAACACCGCCCUGUGGCAGAGAUACCUUCUGUUUUGCCAGAGCCAGUUCAGCACCUUUUCGGUAUCGAAAAUUCACAGCCUGUAUGGGAAAUGCCUGAGCACUUUGUCGGCCGUGAAGGACGGCAGCAUCUUGUCUCACCCCGAGCUGCCCGGCACCGAGGAGGCCAUGUUUGCGCUCUUCCUGCAGCAGUGCCACUUCCUGCGCCAGGCCGGCCACGCUGAGAAGGCCAUCUCUCUGUUCCAGGCCAUGGUCGACUUCACCUUCUUCAAGCCCGACAGCGUGAAAGGCCUGCCCACCAAAGGACAGGUAGAGUUCUUCGAGCCCUUCUGGGACAGCGGAGAGCCCCGGGCCGGGGAGAAGGGCGCCCGCGGCUGGAGAGCGUGGAUGCACCAGCAGGAGCGGGGCGGCUGGGUGGUCAUCUCUCCAGACGAGGACGACGAUGACCCGGAAGAGGAUGACCAGGAAAUCGGAGAUAAGACUCUGCCCAGGUGGCAGAUCUGGCUGGCGGCCGAGCGGGCCCGAGACCGGAGGCACUGGCGGCCGUGGCGCCCGGACAAGACCAAGAAGCAAACCGAGGACGACUGCGAGGACCCAGAGAGACAGGUGUUGUUUGACGAUAUCGGACAGUCUCUGAUCCGACUCUGCAGCCAGGAUCUGCGGUUCCAGCUGAUCGAGGCCUUUCUGCAGUUCCUGGGCGUGCCUGCUGGCUUCACCCCCCCUGCCUCCUGCCUUUACCUGGCCAUGGACGAGAACAGCAUCUUCGAUCACGGACUUCACGACGAAAAGCCACUGACUUUUCUCAACCUUUCCUUUUCCGGCGUGAGCUGUGUUGGCCGCACGGACCGGCUGGGCUGCCGGCGCUGGGCCAGAGGCCACGACCGAGAGGGCGGGGAGUUCGUCCGCAACGUCUUCCACCUGGUGCUGCCGCUGUUCUCGGGCGGGGAGCGGUCCCGGCUCUGCGUCUCCUGGUUGCGGUACGAGAUCGCAAAGGUCAUUUGGUGUCUUCACACUAAAAAGAAGAGAUUAAAGUCACAAGGGAAGAACUGCAAAAAACUAGCCAAGAAUCUCCUGAAGGAGCCAGAAAACCGCAACAAUUUUUGCCUCUGGAAGCAGUAUGCACAUCUGGAAUGGUUGCUGGGCAACAUGGAGGACGCCAGGAAAGUUUUUGACACGGCUCUGAGCAUAGCAGGGAGCGGAGAACUGAGGGACCGCGAGGUCUGUGAGCUCAGUCUGCUCUAUGCCGAGCUGGAGCUGGAGCUGGAGCUGGCCGCGGACCUGCGAGGGGCCGCCACGGCCCGGGCUCUUCACAUACUGACCAGGCUGGCCGAGAACAGUCCCUAUGGGCCCUACGCCGGGCAGGUCCCAGCCGUUCACGUCCUGAAAGCUCGGAAGGCCUACGAACGGGCGCUGCAGGACUGCUUGGGUGAGGACCGCGUGUCUGACCCACCUGCCCCCGAUUCCCUUAACCGCCUCGUCAGUGUGGUUAAGUGCUUCAUGCUCUUCCAGUAUCUGACCGUAGGGAUCGACGCCGCCGUGCGGAUAUACGAGCAGGUGUUUGCAAAGCUGAAGGGCUCCGUUUCCCCGGAAGGCCCAGGCCCGGAGGCCGGCGCCGGCGCCGGGAGCGUGAGCAGUGCCCUCGAGGCCGCCACUCUGAUGCACACGAGCCUGCUCCGGUUCCACAUGAGAGUCAGCGUCUACCCGCUGGCGCCUCUGCGGCAGGCACUCUCGGAGGCCCUGAAGUUGUAUCCCGGCAACCAGGUGCUUUGGAGGUCGUACGUGCAGAUUCAGAGCCAGUCCCACAAUGCCAGUAGGACCAGAAGGUUCUUCGACGCGGUCGCCAGGAGUGCAGAACCCUUGGAGCCGUGGCUGUUUGCGAUUGAAGCUGAGAAAAUGAGGAAAAGGCUGGUGGAGACGGUUCAGAGGGUAGAUGGCAGAGAGGUGCACGCCACAAUUCCCGAGACCGGCCUGACGCACCGGAUCAGAGCCCUGUUUGAAAACGCGACCCGGAGUGACCACGGCAGCCAGUGCCCCUUACUGUGGAGGAUGUAUUUGAAUUUUUUGGUGUCCUUGGGAAACAAGGAAAGGAGCAAAGGUGUCUUCUACAAGGCGCUCCAGAACUGUCCUUGGGCGAAGGUGUUGUACAUGGAUGCCGUGGAGUACUUCCCUGAUGAGAUGCAGGAGGUCCUGGACCUGAUGACAGAGAAGGAGCUCCGGGUGCGCCUGCCGCUGGAGGAGCUGGAGCUUCUGCUGGAGGACUAGAGACCCCCCACCCUGGGGGCGGGGGCCACGUCCCAGGCCACGCCGCCUGCCCGCGGGAGCCAGGGUGAGCCCGAGGAGAUGGUGACACCUGCGUGUCAGCAGGUCUCUUUCAGGUCUCUUUCCGGGUCUGUGUCUGGGUUGUUGGUCUCACCUGUUGCACAGUUUUUACGUGUGCAGAUGAUACAGAGCUCUCCUGUCACAUAUUGUAUAUGUGAACCUGUGUAUAGAUGUGCAUAGACAAGAAUCGGGUCGCUCGAUGAACUAAACCUACUGUGCUUGGUA